AUGCGCGUCUUUCAGCGUCGGUCGAUUUCUCCCGUCCGUCUCAGCUCCAUAUUCAGCAAGCUGCACCACACAGGAAUCGCAUCGGUUGACAAGACUGGCAACGACAUCGAAACGCUCCCUCCUUCGACUGAGGGAGGAGAGCAUUACCUCACGGACGACGACAUGAACAAAAGAUCUGCCGCCGGAGCAGCCGCAGCCACUGCUCCCAAGAAACGAAAGACGGACAACGGACCAAAGUUUUAUGCCGUUCAGGCUGGCUUCAGACCUGGAGUGUACCUUACCUACACGGAGUGUUCGGCGCAAACAGCUGGCUUCAAGGGUGCAAUUUUCAAGUCUUUCACGUCACGGUCCGAUGCAGAGGCCUUUGCGGCUGGCAAGAAAGUAGCAGCGUCAUCUGAUGAGCCAGAGAGGUUUUACGCAGUGGCCGUCGGCAACCCGACGGGCAUAUAUACGGAUUGGAACGAAGCAGCAGCCGCCAUAAAGGGUGUCAAGGGCCCCAAGUACAAGAGGUUCGGCUCACGAAAGGAAGCCGCCGCGUACAUCAGGCAGUUCGGCAGCAGGGAGGCGGUAGAAGCCCUCGGCGAGGCUUCGCUGGCGGAGCCGACGUUGGCGCUCAAGGAAGCGACGGCGCCAAAGGCCUCUGCAAAGAAAACCGCGGUCAAGACUGUGCCAGGCGUGGCACGCCCGGCGGAAAACGUGCUGCAAAUUUACACGGAUGGAAGCAGCCUGGCCAACGGAAAGGCUGGGUCCCGAGCCGGCGUCGGCGUCUUCUUUGGCGACGGUGAUGCUCGAAACGUCUCGGAACGCCUGGUCGGUGAUCCGCAAACCAACCAACGUGCCGAGCUGAUGGCCAUGCUACGAGCGCUUCAGAUCGCCCCGACCGGACAGACGGUGCAGAUCAUCAGCGACAGCCAGUACUCGAUCAACUGCGUCACCCAGUGGGCCAUCGGCUGGAAAAGCAAGGGAUGGAAGACGGCGACGGGCGAAAAUGUCAAGAACCAGGAUAUCAUCAGGGCGAUUUUGGAUAAAAUGGACGAGCGAACGAAAGCCAAGGCCAACACAUACUUUCAUUGGGUCAAGGGACACGCGUCAGACAGGGGGAACACGGCUGCCGAUCGGCUAGCCGUGCGGGGAGCGAAGCUGAGCUGA